UAGUGUUUCUCUAAUUGAACUUCGCCCAAUCAACAAUAACUCGUUAGCAGUCGCUUUCUUCUUCUUGCUGCUUGGGACAGCUUUUUUCUCCUUGCAGGGAUUCUCCCUCUCCAGUCUGUUACUGCUUAAAGAUCUACAUGGAGCUUGGCAGAGGAACUGCGACUCUCUGAGGGGAAUACAGUCCGGCUGCCUUUACAACUACGCCCGGAGCAUGGUUAUUUUGGAGGAAAGCUCUGCGGAGAGCUAAGUUGCGGCAUUCGGCUCUGAGAGUCAAAAUAUAGAGAGGGGGUCUUCGAUCAGCAGAGUAAACACUUGUGGACGCGUGAAACUGCCUCUUGAAUGAAAUAACCAACUUUUGUGGAAGCAGCGAUUCUUCGGGACUGCGAUGACCUCCAGUAAAGACAUGAAGGCAGGUUCUGUGUUACAGUCCAGCGGCGAGGAGAGGAGACGGGCUCCCUUAGACCAGCUCCCGCCGCCGGCCAACUCCAACAAGCCUCUGACGCCGUUCAGCAUUGAGGAUAUCCUAAACAAACCGUCCGUAAAGAAGUCAGUGGCCAGUAUCUGUCCGCCCAGAGUUCUGGAGAAAGUGACGGGCUCCAACUCGGCGAGGAACGGGAUCACCACUCCCUCGUCGCCGCUGUGUGCGCUGGAGGAACUGGCCAGCAAAACGUUUAAGGGACUGGAAGUCAGCGUGAUCCAGGCAGCAGAAGGUCGUGAGCACGUGAACUCGUUCGGGCAGAGACAGACGUCAAAGAAGAGGAGAAAGUCGCGGACGGCCUUCACGAAUCACCAGAUUUACGAGCUGGAGAAGAGGUUUCUGUACCAAAAAUAUCUUUCCCCGGCCGACAGAGACCAGAUUGCGCAGCAGCUGGGGCUCUCUAACGCGCAGGUCAUCACCUGGUUCCAGAACCGCAGGGCUAAACUCAAGCGGGACCUGGAGGAGAUGAAAGCAGACGUGGAGUCUCUAAAGAAAAUCACCCCGCAGACCCUGCAGAAGCUCGUCACCAUGGAGAACAUUGAGGAUCCUCAGCAGGUCGGGGGAUCCGAGGCGAGAUCGCCAAGUAUCUCCCCGACCUCCCAAGGACACCGGGCCUUCCCACAGUCCCCCUCGUCCUCCAGAGACCAAACCACAGAUGAGUUCUCGGAGGACGAUGAGGAAAUCGAGGUGGACGAUUGACAGUCAUUUGGCCUGUGGUUUUAAUAAACAGCAACAAGGAGAAGAUUAUUCAGAAGGGGGCAUUUUUCUUCCCAAACUUUUGCACGGAUAUUGACAGAGGCAAGGAGAAUUCAUCCAUAAAAGACAUCUCAAGAAUUUCUUCUCCUCCUUUUCUCCAUUUUAAUUUAUUACCCGGACUUGUAAAGCUUUCCAAGUCUGUCGUUUAAGUUUCACCACAGUAUUUGAGGAAUAUCCGGUUUCCUUGCAGACAGACCUGACUCUGAUGGUACUGUGAGACUGAAAACUGUGUAAACAUUUGAAUUUUUCACGCUCGUUUUUUGAAGGAGGGAGGGGGGCAUGGAAAGUUGUGCAAUUAUUUGAGUUUGUCAGUUGUUCGCAUUCUUCGGAGCAGCCAAAUAUUUAAAUGAGCCCCCUUCUUCAGGGGGUCGAGGUGUCUGUCCCACUCUCCCUCCAUGCAGUGUAAAAUGAUUUCUUUGUUUUGUUUUGAGAGAGAAGUGUCUCUGCGAGCAUGCAGGCCUGUUCUCUGCGCAAAGAAAGCAUCCUAUCAAACUUUUACACGCCCUGACUUCUGUACAUAAAUACACCAAACAUCCUAUGCGAUAAUUUUAUUGUAACAUUCUAUUUAAUCAGCAUCUAUGUAA